AUGGCUUUCCAGCAACCCCAGGCCUGGCCAUUAGGACAGCAGCACGACGCCCUCCCGUCCGACGACAAUCCGCCGCCUCCGCCAGCCCAUCGCACUCCCGUAGGCCUCCACGCCCAGCGCCAGUAUACCGACCCCAAUAACUACUCCGACUACUCGACCCCAGGCGUCACCCCCGGCUCAGACAACAUGGGCGAGACGGCUCCGGGCGGCGGCAUCAACGGCAUCGCCAGCGGCGUCGCUGGCUCCCACCCACGCGAGAGCGGCCUGCACGCUGCACGAGGCAUGGCUGGCCCAGGACGGCCCAUGGGCGUCCCCAACAGGAACUCGCAGUCAUCACCCUUCAAUGACCCCAAUGGUCACGACCAGCCCAUGGUUCCACGCCCAAUGUACUCGCAACGCUCCUACGGUUCCGGCGCACCACUCGUCGGCGGCAUGUACUCGAGUGACAGCUCCAUGUAUAGCAUGCCACACUCCCCGCACAGCGGCGUCCCCUACGCCGACACGCCCUACAACCGCUACUCUUCGUCCGCUCAGAACCUCGCGCCGCAGAUGGGCCAGAUCAACCCGCUCGAUGUCGACAACGAUGACGACUGGGGAAUGGGCCCAGACCACAACUCUCCACAAAACAAGCGACGCUCUUUCGUGCCAUUCGGUGGCUCGCGGGACGGCAGCAGUCGCAAUGGCUCGCCAGGGUCAUCGAUAAACAACGGAGGCGUUGCUGCCGCAGCGGGCGCUGGUGCUUUUGCUGCCUCACGCGACGGUACCAAGUACGACGCCGUACCCAUGGUCAACGGAAGUGGAGAGCUUGUCCCAGAAAAGGUUGCAAGUUGGAAAGCAGAAGACGAUUUGAAGAAGAGGAAGAAGCGCAUGUGGAUCGCCAUUGCCAUCAUCACCCUCAUCCUCGCAGGUGCAAUUCUGGGCGGUGUCCUCGGUGCUACUGUCGGAAAGGGUGGCGGUGCAAAGGACGGCGCUGCUAAGUCUGCUCAAUCUGCUGACGAUAUCGCCAAAGACAACAAGGAGGACCUCGGCAAGGACUCUUCCGAGAUCAAGGCUUUGAUGAACAACGCCGAUUUGCAUAAGGUGUUUCCCGGCAUGGACUACACUCCUCUGAACACACAGUACCCAGACUGUCUCCACGUCGGACCAUCGCAGAACAACAUCACCCGAGACUUGGCCGUCAUGUCGCAACUGACCAACUCAGUCCGCUUGUACGGAACCGACUGCAACCAAACACAGAUGCUUAUCCACGCCAUCAACCAACUGGAGAUCAAGGACACCAUGAAGAUCUGGCUUGGUGUAUGGCUCGACAAGAACGACACUACAACGGAGCGUCAGAUUUCCCAAACAUGGGACAUUCUCGAUGACUAUGGCUGCGACUACUUCAAGGGUAUCAUCAUUGGUAACGAGGUGCUUUACCGCAAGGACCUGUCUGAGACCGAGCUGCUGGGACACAUUUCCGACUUCCGCAAGAACAUCUCGGACCACAGCUGCCAGCUGCCUGUCGCAAUGGCUGAUCUGGGUGACAACUGGACUGGCGACAUGGCCACCAAGGUCGACAUUGUCAUGUCAAACGUUCACCCCUUCUUUGCCGGUGUUGAUGUCAAGGAAGCGGCUGCCUGGACCUGGAACUUCUGGCAAACCCACGACGUGUCGUUGACCGCAACCCAGAAUGACAUCCACCAGGUAAUCGCCGAGGUUGGCUGGCCAUCUGGAGGCGGCACCGACUGUGGUGCAGCUGACACUUGCGCCGGAGGCUCUGUUGCCGGUAUUGACGAAAUGAACCAAUUCAUGGAAGACUGGGUUUGCCCAAGUCUAACUAACGGGACAGAGUACUUUUGGUUCUCAGCCUUUGACGAGCCAUGGAAGAUCCAGUAUAACGAAAAGGGCAAAGAGUGGGAAGACAAGUGGGGUCUCAUGGACGUCAACCGCAAACUGAAGCCCGGGCUUAAGAUCCCCGAUUGCGGCGGCAAAUCGUUACCCUCGACGUACGACAACUAG